UCGGCGCAUCUGGCAGAAGCCGCCAAUGACCCGGCGUGUUGGGGCGGAGCCCACAGGCCCUAGUGGGUUUGGCUGCACUGCGGCUUUGGCGCAUUUUCGGCUGGUUUGAUUCAUCCAUUUUGAAGAGACGGGGAGCGGGGGGCUCGUCUGGUUAAGGGGCCCUGAACCAAGGAGCGGCGGAGUUUGAGGAGCCAGCAGCUCGGGGUUCGGCGGCAGCGGCCCCAUCGGCCGAAGUUGGGGGGGGUGGGGCGCCGAGCGCGCGGGGCGGGGGGGUCCUGGUCUUUGGCUUCUCGGCUCGGUCCUGUUUCGACAGCCAACAUGUCUCGGCCUGUCAGAAAUAGGAAGGUCGUUGAUUAUUCACAAUUUCAGGAAUCUGAUGAUGCUGAUGAAGAUUAUGGAAGAGAUUCGGGCCCUCCAACUAAGAAAAUUCGAUCAUCUCCCCGAGAAGCUAAAAAUAAGAGGCGAUCUGGAAAGAAUUCCCAGGAAGAUAGUGAGGACUCAGAAGAAAAAGAUGUGAAGGCCAAGAAGGAUGAUUCUCACUCAGCAGAGGACAGUGAAGACGAAAAAGAAGAUCAUAAAAACGUGCGCCAGCAGCGGCAGGCUGCCUCUAAAGCAGCUUCGAAACAGAGAGAGAUGCUCAUGGAAGAUGUGGGCAGUGAGGAAGAGCAGGAGGAGGAGGACGAGGCACCAUUCCAGGAGAAAGAUUCCGGCAGUGAUGAAGAUUUCCUAAUGGAAGACGAUGAUGAUAGUGACUAUGGCAGUUCAAAAAAGAAAAACAAAAAGAUGGUUAAGAAGUCCAAACCUGAGAGGAAAGAAAAGAAAAUGCCCAAACCCAGGCUAAAGGCUACAGUGACGCCAAGUCCUGUGAAAGGCAAAGGGAAGGUGGGCCGCCCCACAGCUUCAAAGGCAUCAAAGGAAAAGACUCCUUCUCCCAAAGAAGAAGAUGAGGAACCAGAAAGCCCUCCAGAAAAGAAGACAUCUGCAAGCCCUCCACCCGAGAAAUCUGGGGAUGAAGGGUCUGAAGAUGAAGCCCAGUCUGGGGAGGAUUAAAAAUGAUGGUUUGGGGAGAGAUUUUAUUAAAAAAAGAGGGAAAAAAAGGAAAAAAGAAAAAAAGAGGAGGGGGAAAGAAAACCUACUUAAGGUAGAAUAUGGUUUUGGCUAUGGCUUGACUCAUGGGCUUUCAAUGCUUUUUUCCUUUUGUUGAAAAUAACAUUUUCUCUCUCUCUCUCUCUUUUUUUUUUUAAAGAAAACCAUUGUAUGUUUAAUUUACCUUUUUGUCUAUUGGUCUUCUUUUUGCCCCUGCCCUCUUCCCCUGCCCUCUUCCCAAUGAAAGCCAUGUCAAAUUAAUCACUGGAUUGACUACUUCAUCUUUUUAUGUUUAAUGGAAGGUAUACCACAGUUGUAAAGCAAUAAGAUUUGGAUGAACAUAUGGAAAUUUUGCUUUUUGCUAAAUGGUAGCAAGUUGAACAGUGAUCAAAAAACAUAGGGUUUUAGUUAAAAAUGAUUGCUUCUUUCUCUACCUGGACUUUUUAAAAAAUCAAUUGUCAUCUAAUACGAGUUUAUAUAUCUGUAUAAAAAGUAUAGAUAUCUAAAAAAAAUCAUGACUUUAAACUUCCACUGAUGGGGCAGAUAGGAGAUAAAGAUGAAUUCUGCGUUGUUACUAAAAGUAUUCGUAUUUUUUACCUUGGGGGCAGGGCAGGGAAUGGGGUUACCUGACCUUGUUUGAGGGUAUGGGUUUUUUUUACUUCACUUGUUAUCUCAAAGAGACUCGGAGCCAGCGAUCCUUUUAUCCUGCUACAGUCUUUAAGGAACUUAAAAAAACAAAAAAAGCAAGGGCCGCCAAAACUUAAAUUACUUUUGAUUUUUUAUUUCAUUCUCUAAUGGUUCAUGUUCUAAAAUAUAUAUGUAUCUAUUCUGUUUCUUGGAUAAGAUUUCACCAAGGAUCCAAAAAAAAAAAAGCCUAGAAUUUAAAUGGUAAGAUCUAUAUGCAUCACAGUGGAUUUCUUCUUAAACUGACAGUGUUUAGGUUUUAAGCAAAUAAAGUACCAGUUAAUGUGAAACUCAAUCACAAAGACUUGAGAAUUUCCUUUAUGAAAAACAGGGAAUUGAAAUUGUUUUAUGCCAUAGGUAUGCAUUCAGAUCCCAUGAACGAUGCUCUGUUUUUAUUUGGGGAUAGAAGUUUUCCUUUUCAUAUGCCUAUCUUCCCAUUUCUUCAUAGAAGCGUGGUAUGCAGUGCAUCUUGGCUUCUUGCUACUUUAUCGGACACCACUGCACACCCACUCCCGUGCCUACCUGCUCUGCUAUGGGACGUGAUUUCUCCUGGCUCUGUUUUUCACUGCUUCACGUCCUGUGCUUGAUGGGAGUGUGUCAGAUGCUGCUCCCACACUAUUCAGUGUGCUUUCAUCUUUUUUACUGGUGCCCUUGCUUACUGCUCAUGUUGCUUAAAGCAGGAGUUUUUAAGGGGCGUAGCAGGGCUAGAGAAACCGUGCAUUCAGGAGGCCUGUGGGCAGUUGAUUACAGACUCUUCACAUGCCUCGUGAAAGCAGUUGGGAGAUAGAUCUGUAAGUUUGGUCCUCCACAUCCUGAUGCCAUGAGCUAAUGGGAGCAAUGUUAGGGGUCUUAGUGUGCUAAUAAGUGGAAAAAUUAGUGAAAUUUAACCUCUGCCUUUUUAUCUGGGUUUGCUUCCUUAAUAUCUUACUUAUGCAGUUUUCUUUCUAUCUUUUAAGUUACGGCAUAUUUUUCUCUCAGACAACUUGGCUUUCUUGCAGAUGUUCCUAGGACGAAAGGUUAUUUAAGGAAUACUUUUACUCUGAUUUUUAGGACACUUUAAGGAAUAUCCUUACUCUUUGAAUUUUUUAAAAACAGUGGCAGAGAGCCAUUUCACUGUUGCACGGUGUGCUAAAGAAUGAAUUUGGAGAGUUAUUGCUUGGCCAACAAUGCAAAAUUUGAACGUAAGUAGCAGUUGGAUUACUGUGUUUUCAUGAUGGUUAACUUUAUAGUUGUGAACUUCGUAAUGAGACUGUUAAAGUUGGUUCUGUUGCUUCAGUGGCUUUGUUCAGGUAUCAGUUUUAACAAGGAGUUUUGUGUUUAUACAGUAAAAGACCUAUCAGUGUUUCCACCAUGCACUUCUAUUUUUAGGGGUUUAUAACUCUAAGUCUUACAUUCCUAGUGACAUUGGGCUUUUCUUAGGUUAUGUUUCGUGCAGGGUGAAGGGAGGGGUCUUUUUAAACUUUAGCCUUGGUAUUUUAUGUAACACGCUCUUUCAUGUGUUAAUCUGUACUAACAUCCCUGUAACAUGCACAUACUUUAGAGGUGAUCGCGUCUUCUAGGUUACUUGUUGCAUUUGGUUGGGCUUUUUGUUUGGGAUCCCUUUUUAAAAAGUUAAUUCAUGAGAUUAAAAAAUGUCAUAUAUUUCUAAUAGACUGGACAAAAGGAUCUGUAUCCUCAAGCGAGACAGGCUCUGAAUGCCCUUUGUUUUCUCCACUUUUUAUUGAUGAUUUAAAACACUCUAGUCUUCCCCUCAGAUCGUGCAUGCAAAUAGGAGGACAGCUGUGGUGUCUCAACUGGAAACAGGUGCUCAAUAGUCAGGCUAGAUAGUGAUGUCAGGACAGGUUACAGGCUCUAAGCUAACAGUAACUGGCCAUUGGCACCACCCUUGUCUGAACUCCCUCUUUUUCUCUCGUGUGCCUCUGGUGAAAUGGCAGUAGCAUUCACUGUCUUGUUUUGCAGUGCUCAGGAAGUGGGACAUUAACUUUGAAGGUGCUUGUUUGUGUUAUCUGAAUUCUGUAUGUUAGCUCUGUUAGGUUUACCUCUGGAACAUGGAUUUCGGCAGCUAUGCUGACUGACACUACAUUCUAGAUUCUUUUUUUCCAGACUUCUCCCUAACACACACGCAGCUAGAAAUGGGUAGCUCACAUCUUAGGAAAUCUGUCUGUAACUUGCUGCUGCUUUUAGCCCUCCCCACCUCAGAUUGGAAUCGAUGGAGUGGGCCCAAAGGAUACAGUUUAAUUUCAGUAAUGGUAGAUUUGCCCUGCUUUCUGAAACCUCUCUCGUUCCUAUCUCUACUCCCUAUUGAGUCCAUGAAGGAAAAUUUAAUGGGCGUGUCCUCCUUUAGGGGGGUAAUGAGUGGCAGUCUUUCAAUGUGGAAGAAUAGUUGAUUUCCCAUGAAGGAGCUUUGAUACUGAUUUUUUUCCCCCCAUAAUAACUGGCUUGCCCCAGGUUCAAUCCUCAGUUCAAUGCUUAUUCUCGGUACUGGUUCAAAUAGCAUUUUCUUAUAGAGAAAUCUGAAGUUAGAGUUCUGUAAAGUUUUUGACACUCUUGUGGGUAUGGUCAGCUAAUCUGAACUUGACGCUUUUACGUUUCUUUUUUUAUCCAUGAACAUUCAAGUAACAAGUGGAUUUUAGAGGACUGGUUGGGGAAAGGGAAUAGUGCUUUUCUUUAAACAAACCAGUUUAGGGGAUGCGUUGAGAGACUUAGGAAGGCAAGAGCAGAGUUUAAUACCUGGAGCGACAGGGAAAGCUUUGUGAAAGGCCAUGUGGCCGUUGUUGCUGUUGUGAGAAAUGGGAGUUUUGAUUUGAACAGUUCUUUCUGUGCCUGCAUCACCAGUAGCUGCACUGAGAAGAAACUAUCAUCUUAGGAAUUUGGAAAGGAAGAAACCUGGGCUCUGGUCUUUAUGGCUAUCAGACGGAUACUUAAACAGAACGGGUAAUACACAUUUCCUGCCAAGGGAUAUGGAAAAUAAAACAAGAUAGUUGCUCUUGAGGUGAGGAAAUUGUGCUUUUCUCUGUGCAUGGAGCUGGGUUUAUUUGAAAAGGGAGUUAGUUUAUCGUUUGACUAUUGGACAUCGAGCCAAGUUUCAAUCUGCAACCCAUUUUCCCCUUGUCUUGGGAUAAACUUGAUACAAAGUGACUUUUUAAAUCCCUAAAUUACACUUUUUUUCAAAGCCUAGUUCACAAAAUUCACAGCGGUGCUGACUGUGUAUUAACCACUAUUGGGAGAAGUCCCAUAAACCUGCCUGUUGCCAUGCCAAUGGAGUGACUGAACUGGUGACAUCUGUUUGAGCAUGCUUUGUGUGGCUGGUGGAAUGCCACCAUUGUGCAUACACUUUGUACAUCAGGGGUGAAGGGAGGGUUUUCUAGAUUAUGGGGGGAGGGUAAAAUUGGGAUUCUUUUUGUUAUUCCUUUUUCUUUGGGGUGUAGGGGUAUAGUACUCAGCUUAUGCCCUAAAUAACAUAUAUAAAAACCCCCGAAGUAUUGUGUGAGUGUGUGUGUGAGUGUGUGUUUGUGUAUGUCUGGCAAUUAAACCUUUGUCUUCUGGAAAUCAGUGAAUUUUUUUCUUUUUUUCCUCCAGAAGUAUUUGUUACAAGAUUUGUAAAUAAGAGCUCUACUUAGUUUGUUUACCAUGAACAUGUUGCAGCAAACCUUAUACACCUAAUUCCUGCAAGAUUUAAGGAAAGACUUUAAGAUUUGCCAGGUUAAGCAGCAGCCAAGUUCUCAGUAAUUGCCUUGAUUCAUCUUUCAGACUUCAUUUUGCCAGCUCUAAAACUCCCAGUCUUCCUUGAUUUUAGUCCUUAAUCUUUUACCUUCUGAACAGGAAGGGUAAAAGAGAGGACCCUGCUUAGAAGUAUUUAAUUAGUCCAUGGGCUGAGACCAGGGCAAUCCCUUUCUUAAUACUGCAAUGUUGCUGAGUAUGUGAUCAGACACCAGAGGGUUGGGCAUUCUUGCAAUACCUUAACAGUGCUGAAAUCUGCAGCAUGGCGCUAAGGAAGUAAAAGUUUGAAUGUAACCACUUUAUUUAAAAGGUUUUUUUAAUUUAAAUGAAAUGGGGUUGAAGUGAACAUGAUUUUGUUGACCAUGUUCGUGAAUUAUAGAUGCAACAUGCAUUGGUAGACUUGUGUGAUGGUCUUUUGUGAUACUUAAUUUUUACAUAUCCCAGUCUGUAUGUAUCUGCAUAGACAAAGAAAAAACAAACUCCUGCUUUCUUUUAUUGAAGGGUUUCCAGGACUGCGUGUCUGCUCCUGAGCUCUGUUUUAAGUAUGUGUAUCCUUUGCUUGUAUUUUGUAUUAAAAACUAAGAAAAAGAACCCUUUAUUGUUGAGCAUGUUGGCAUUGUCCCCAUUAUUUUUUUUCUUUUUGGGACAUAUAAAGCAAGUUAUUCUUUUUCUGUAUCUUUUUUUCUUUUGUAAACUUUUUUUUGUUUUGUUUAAAAAUGGCUUUAUAAAAGGGCUUUUAUAACCCA